GGCAGUGAGGACGGUUGAGGAAACAGGAACACUCCAGCGUAAAGAGACUCCAGAGAUACUUUCUGUCACGAUGAUGACCACUACUAACGCCCCACCUACCUACGUGGCAGCACCUCAACCCUUUGGCCAGCAACAAACGGUGACUGUGCAACCCGCUCCACAGCCUCGAAGUGGUAACUGGAAGGGUAUUCUAUGGACAGGAGUAAUUCAAGGGGUUUUGGGUUCAUUGACCGCCAUUUGCGGUGUUGUGUCUCUGGUAGUAUUUAGACCUGCGCUGUAUAUCAAUGACUUCGGGCCCCCAAUUUGGUGUGGUAUCUUAUUCUAUGUCGUCGCUGGAAUCUUAGGCAUGGUGUCUGGAUCUAAGAAGAAUUCCGGAGUGGCUAUCGGCUACAUGGUCAUGUCCAUCUUGGCUUGUCUGGCGACAUGUUGCGUCAUUGGUUUUGCGGUUGUCUGGAUGCUCGCCCUCAAUUCAAUCUGCUCUCCGCGUUACUACCCUUACGGAAGUUAUUAUUACCAUGAUGUUGAUGUCCGGCCGUAUAAUGGUGUUUAUGGUACACUGAUACUUCUCGCCAUAGUGGAGUUUAUUGUCGCCAUCGUGGGUGCCAGCAUGACCUGUGGUCCCCUCUGCAGUGGUGAAUCAGCAACUCAGACUGUGAUCCACUACCAAGCUCGACCACAAAUGGUGGUUACCACACAGCCCCAGGGACCGGCCUUCUACAACAUUUCCGCUGGCCAGCACCGAGUUGCUCAGCAGGGGCAGUAUCUGCAGGCUCAAGCACCCCAACCGGCCAGUAAGGCCACCAGGAACUGA